AUGCUUAACGCUGAUGACUACCACGACUUGCGUGAUCUGCUGCAUUAUUGUGUUGAUGAACACUUCCAGAAGGAGUCCAUAGUUUUUGCGUCACAGUACGUUCAGGAAUCGGUCUACAACAAUCUUCGCGUACAAAAUGAGGAUAAGCUUUACAAGUUUAUUGCUGUAUCGGAUGGGGUUGCUGCUGUCGAUUUGCUGCGUGGCUUACUGAGCGACGAAUAUGCGCACUCAAUGGUGGGGACUCGAAUUCAUCGUCUAGUUAAUGACCAGAACGACGCCAAAGAUGGCGGUCCUGUGGUGGAGGGGAGCAAUUAA